AUGGUGAGCAACCGGCGCGCUACCUCAGCCUCGCCCCGCUUCUUCUUCUGCCCCCUCACGCAACGCCUAGCUACCCUCAAGCUUCCCGAGAAGGGAGAGACGAGGCCGUGGCGUCUCCUGCCCCUCCGCCCAAAGUGUGGCGCCUCCUUCGCCUGAGAAGAGGCCUAAGCAGCCUGGGUUUUCCCUCGCUCCUCACCCCCAACGCACCCACCCACCCGGGUUUAGAAAUUGGGGAUCCCUCCUGACUGAGGGAGCCUGAACCUCCCUCCGUGAUUCGCGGUCCCCAAAACCACGCCGGCCUUGAUCCUUCAGCCGCCGCCUCCUCACCCCGCCCCCUUUCGUGUAGGACGGCGGGACUUAAAGCAUAAUUUGGGACCUGUAUUUUUAUGCUCGUUUGUUUUGGCCUAUCCACGCACACAACCCCGCGCCCUCCUUCUCCCAAUAGUUCGUUGCCACAAAUAGAACUCCUCUUGCCUACUGUAUAGGGAAGCCUUUUAAUGCGCAAUGUUUUCUGAUGUUUUUAUAUACAACCUACAUUUAUAUAUAUCAUUUUAUAUAUCUGGAGGGGUGUUGUGGGAUUAUUCUUAUUUUGAUUUUAUAUAUUGUGAUCUUUUCUGUGAACCGCCCUGAGACCUCUGGGUAUAGGGCGGUAUAUAAAUUCAAUAAAUAAAUAAAUAUACAUUGGGAGUCGCUCAGAGUGGCUGGGGCAACCCAGUCAGAUGGGCAGGGUUAUCAAUAAAAUAACAACAACCACCACCUUGCAGGAUGGAUAGGGGAGGAAUGUAUUUCUGCACAGCUUUUAAGUGGGAGAGAGGCCCACUGAGUUGAGCUUGCUUUAGCAUGUAAUUUUUUUAUUAAAGCUUUUCAUAGUACACUGCGAUAUAGAAAACUAAUGUAAAUAAAAAACAGAAACAGCUACAAAAAAAUACAAAUAGAAUAAAUAAUACACGGAGUCCUCUCACCAUGGAAAACCCAACAUUUCCUUGCCUCCAACCCAGGGUCCUCCAUCAACCAUCUACCACCCAUGAGGGCGUACUUUCAAAUAAAUGCACAUAAGAGAUUGUAGGGUCAUGAGGGUGAGAAUUGGGGACCAAGACCAAAUGACUUAUUGCUAUGUGUUUUGGGUGUUUCCUUGGUUGGUUGGUUGGUUGGUUGGUUGUAUCUAUCUCUACCCCUGAACCUCUGUAGUGCAAUGGGUCAGUGUGUCUAGCUCUUAACCGGAAGAUUGGUGGUUCAUACCCACCACCACUAUGGAAUGACUGUGGGCAGGAUUCCUGUGUUGUAGGGGAUUGGACUAGAUGACCCUCAGGAUCCCAUCCAACCCCAUUCUAUUACUAUUCUUGUUUGUUUCUCAACAAUAUAUGGGACUUUCUGCUGUCACCUGUACAAUAGCUCUGGCUCUGAGUUUUAAUCAAUUCAUUAGCAGGAAAUCCAAAUACGAUACUUUAUUGAUAUGGGCUUCAUUGCUGUUUUUAUUCUCGUUGCAGGCAGAGCUGGGUCUGAAUGAGCAACACCAGAAUGAAGUUAUCAACUACAUGCGAUUUGCACGCUCCAAGCGUGGCCAGCGUCUUAAGACAGUAGACUCUUGUUUUCAGGACCUGAAGGAAAGCAGGUACCAUGAGGAUGGAAUACCUGUAAUACAAAUGUAAACACAAAUGAAACCAAUAUUAGGUGUCAUUCCUUAACAAACUAUGGGAAGUGACAUAUUCCAGCUGUCAGGCAGCCAUGUUUGCUUGCUGAUACUUAUGUAGAAAGCAGGAUUGUCCCACUUUUGGGACGAUGGGCAUAAUUUGGAAGUGCUCAGUCUAGUGAUGAGCUAUAGCAUUUGACCAGUUUGCCAGUCAUCUUACUAGAAAAAUAAAUAGUCAUAUAAUAUUUCAAGGUCUUGUAAUACUGCUGAAGCUUUGGGUUGUUAGCACGGUUGUUGUUUUUUAAUUCUGUUUUGUGGGCUUUUCUGUUUAGGCUGGUGGAAGACACAUAUACUAUUGAUGAAGUGACAGAUAUACUGGAUGGCUUGCAGACUGUGGUACACAGUGAGGUGGAGUCAGAACUUAUUAACACAGCCUAUACCAAUGUAUUACUUCUUCGCCAGAUUUUUUUCCAAGCAGAGAAGUGGUAUCUUAAACUGCAGACUGACAUUUCUGAGCUGGAAAAUAGGUAAAAUACUAUAAAGAGAAUUUUGUAUUCACUUAAAGUGUAUCCUUACUAAUAAGGUCUUUCCCACCACAGUAGUUUCAUAAAUGGCAGUUUAUAGCAUAAUACUGUUCAUGCAGAAGUAUCAGUGAAUUCAUCGGAGGUUACUGCCUGGUAGGUUUGCAGCCUUAGUCUCAAAAUGAUUGGGUUUUUUUAAUCUAAGAAGUGAUUGUUUUGUCUUCAUUAAAAAAGGUUCUGUCUUGGCAUAGUUUUUACAUGUAAGACUUCAGGGCUAAUUCUUUCAUUUUCUAACUUUUCAUUGCUUUAUGAAUUAUAGAAUAUAACUUGGUGUUCAGUAGAAUUGCUUGACUAAAAUAUUUUCUAUUCUUUUUCAAGAGACUUACUAGAGCAAGUUGCAGAGUUUGAAAAGUCAGAAUUUACAUCUUCAAAUAAGAAGGUAUGUGUCUAUUUCUAAAACUCACCAGAUGAUGCUGUGAGGGUUUUGUGUGUGGUUCUUGUUUAAGGGGAAAGGUAACAGUAAAGAAAGUUCUUGCAACUAGUGAGCACCCCUGCUGAACACAACAUGUGAGACCUUUGCCCUGAGUAAGGGAAGGAAGAUUUUCUCAUGCCGUGCUGUUCUUGGAGCAAGCAUCAGCUCUGAGAGAGUUUAGUACUGCUUUUGCCUGCUCCAAAGCUUGAUGUCCUGUGGAGGUCACUGUCAGUCAGCUCUUCAGGGUGCAGAGAGUGGACAGGCUGACCCAGUUACCCAGCAAGCUAGGGAGAAAGCAGUGACAGCCCAGUUGUGGAUGGGAUGGAGAGGAAGGGGUUCUUUUCAUGACUGGAAGACCAGCUGAGGCAAUGUCAGCCCAAGAUAGCAGACUUUUUAGGAGUGUAGGAAUCCCCUUUUUGAUCGCUACACCCCUCUUCUCUGAUUACUCUAGAAUGCACAGAGAAUAUGAUUAAGGGCUCAGUGACAACCACAAUUUUUAAAAGACAUUUGAAGGCAACUAUGUGAUUUUUAAAAGACAUCUGAAGGCAGCCCUGUUCAGGGAAGGUUUUAGUGUUUGGUGCUGUAUUGUGUUUUUACUAUUUUUGUUGGGAGUCACCUAGAGUGACGGGGCAACCCAGUCAGAUGAGCCGUAUAUAAAGAUGUUAUGGACUACAAUGCCCAUCAUCCCUAAACAUUGGCUGCACUGGGUGGGGCUGAUGGGAGUUGUAGUUCAAAACAUCUGGAGGGCACCAUAUUUGCUACAAAAUGAUUAGUCUUCUGGCCAAAGUAUGGAAAGGCUGGAGCAGUAAUUGCUAUUAUAAUGCUUGUUAGAAAGAAAAUGUUUAAUUGAGUACUCUGUAACAUUUUUGUGCCUACUGUAGCCUAAUCCAGAGUUGGUGAAGCCUAAACUUACUCCAUUGCAUGAAGGAGCAUCAGAAUUAUUGAACAAGGUAAAACUUGGUUUUUGUGAUAUUUAUGGUGGUUCAUUGUUGGUUCAACUGAACCUGUUUUAUAUUAUUUCAAACUGUUUAGAAGUUAUUGAAGUCCCCAUAGCCUCUUCUUAGCUUCAUAAGGUGUAUGUGUCAGUGGAGUGAAAUGGUGUGUGUAAUCAAAAGAAACAUGAGGGAGGGGACAGGAAAAUAUCUUUAAAGGCGAAGCUUCUGUCAGAAAAGAGCUUGAAGCUAUGUCUUCAGAAAUGGAAGCUGAGAACUAGAGGGUGUGCAUAGAGCAAUCAAGAUUAAUGCAUUUCUACCCCAAAUUAAAGUGAGAACAUUUCCCUGCCACCACCAGCCUUUAAUGAUUCCUUUAGAUUCAGUUACUUUCAUCGUUCCUCAUUUUGAGGUGCCUCAACAGCUGCCUGGGGAAACAGGAAUGUUAAUUAGUUGUGGAUCCCACUUUUCAUGCUAGUAUAAUUUUCUGUACAGCUUCUAUUUUUCAAAUAAAGCAGGAACAAAGUACAGUAUACCAAAACCUAGUAACUUUCUUGGUCUCACAUAGGCAUACAUUUUUUUUCUAGUCUGAAAAACACUUCUAUGUGAUAGGCAUGAUGUAUUUAGGGUUUGGUCAAGAGCAAGCUAAUUUUUUAAUUGUUCACAGGAAAUAGCAAGACUCCAAGAGGAAAAUGAAAAAUUGAAGACUAGAUUAAAGACCAUAGAAGGGCAUGUAAGUUUGCUCGAGAUGUUGGUAUAUGUGUAUCAAAAGAGUAGUAAUUCAAUUACUUUUCUAAAAAUAUGUUCUGAAUGUUGUUUUCAAUCUUUUCCAGGCUACAAGUGCACUGGAUGAAAAAUCAAAGUUAGAAAAGGCUCUACGUGAGCUACAAAUUGCCCAGGGAGAUCAAAAGGUUUUCACAUCAUUUCUAUUGAAUAUUGCUGUUUUGAUAAAAUUACUCCAUGUAGAUUAUUUUAGUAAAUUUUCAGAGAUAUUCUUGUUAAUCUUAUUUAUCCAGAUGCGAUCAUAUGUAAUGCUGUUUUAAAACCAAAUUUGAAGAAUUAUACCAAUAAAACAAGUUUGGCAUUGCAAAAUAAGAAUUUCUCUUUGAGUAAGGUAAAAUCCUAAAUUUGAGGCAGGCUUUAAAUUUUCUUUCAUACACCUUUUUCAUUGUUAUAAUUCACAUUUCUUGUUUUGUUUUGCUUUCUAAUAUGGUUUGUGGUAUGUAUUUGAUUUCUCAUUUCUAAGCAUUUCAGCACUUUGCUCCAGGGUUUACACUUAAUACUAAACUAUGGUGCAUCUGCUAUUGUCAAUUUAAAAGUGUUUUCAUCAAUUCUCUAAUUCUGAAAAUCCUUUCUAUGUUUACUCAAAAGUACCCAUUGAUUUCAGACAGGCUUUAUGUAAGUUUUCAGUAAGUUCAGAAAAAUUAUAUGCAUGCAUACUUGGAAGAACAUUGCUGCCUCCUUCCCAAAGUCCAGUGUCUCGUUUACCUGGCUAUGGGAAGGCAACACAGGAGCUGGGUGGGGGUGUCAAAUUUUGGUCUCACCCCCUCUACCCCAUGCAACAGGGCAGCGUGUGACUUACGGGUUCUAUGUCAAAGUACUCUUGUGGCCCACUUGGUAUGAAAAGUUGGGCCACCCUGAGCUAUGUUAUUAAAAUAAACAGAGUACUCAUAGUGUCCAGGCACUCUUUUAAGUCACCCAGGCAGAAGGGACUUGUUUUUAGGCAACAUUGUACAUAUUAAGUACACUAUUAUUUUCUGCACUGCUUUCCAGAAUUAAGAUUGUACUAUGCCUACUAUGUCAGCUCCACUUCAGAGUUCUAUCUUUGAUUUUUAAGUAAUGACAUAAAGUUACUGCUUUUAUCAUCCACCUCCUGUUCUGGAAAAAACGAGGCUGAGCUGAUGUCUGAACUAGAAUGCCUCCAGCUGAUCAUUAGAAGAACUCUAUAAUUAAGAAAUAGUGCCAUGAAUUUUCUUUUUUCUCUCUCCUCCCUUCUGUUCCCUUUUUCUUUUGUGUUCAAGGGCAGUUACUUUCAUACAUUUGUAAGAUGCUUUGGGAACCUUUUUGCUUAAUAAUUGAAAUAGAGAAAUAAGCUCAUUGUAUAUAUUUUUAUCAUUUGAAACUUUAGAUUUUUAGAGAGAACAAUUGUUUACUCUUGUAACCAAUGGUCAUGCAUUUAUUUAAUUAAAUCAUGAAUAUAUUUUUUCUUUUUUCAGUUUAACCCAACUCAGGAUAUUAGUGAGUUAGAAAAUACUAUGGCUGAUCUGAAGUGCAAACUUGAAAAGACUUUGCAAGACAGUACUGCAAGCCAAAAAUCAUUGGAAGAGAAUUUGGUAACAACAAAGCAUGACCUUCUUAAGGUUCAGGACCAGUUGGCUAUGGCUGAAAAGGUUAGUUUUUAUUCUGUUGAAUAGUUAUAGUCAUUACCACCUUCCUUAAUGCCUGUAACAUAAGGCAUUGAUAAAAGUGCACAAGCUUUUUCUGAAGCAGAAUAUUGUUAUGGCACAUAUACACAGGGGCAGUAACUCAGAUCCAGGGUUUCUGUGCAUGCAGUUGACACAUGAGGGUCCACACAUGUUUUUUUUCAGCACCAUAUUAAUUGGUGUUCUGCUGCUUGCCAUCAACACCUGUGGGCACAGCUUGACAGAAAAUACCUCAAAUGUGAAUUUUUCAACCCUCUUCCCCCAGUUUUCCUGCAAGGUUAAACUGCAGUUUGCUUGCUCUUUUUUAAAAUACAUAUUUUUGUGCAAUUCUGAUUUACAGAAUUGUAAAAGAUCUGUAGAUCUUUAAAUAAAAACAAACUAGGACUACUUAGUGCUCUGAGUGUACAGUGUGCUUGUACAACAUCUGAGAGCAAGAGGCGGCAGGGUGCCUUCCUGCUGCAAAGGAAACACUGGCUGUUUUGUUUUUCAAUCUCUCUGAGAGCUCCAUGCAGCAGGAAGACUGUUGGAGCAGUUUGAAAAUACAGCGAAAGAAGGCUCAGGGUUGAUUGGAUUCCUUUCCCCACCCCUCAGCAACACAAUCAGACCCUGGAUGCUUUAUGCUGAAGCUGAAUAUCAAUUGGAGAAGUCUGGGAAAGAGGAAUUAUAUUAGUUUACAGAUGUUUGGCACACGUGUACAUGCUCCACUUAGAGCACUGAGCAAUCCCAAACAUUUAUUUUUGUUUUUGUAGGUUGCUCAUGUAAGGAGCAACAAGAAGUAGAGGCAAUAGAGGUCACCUACUAAAAUGUCACUACCUAUGUGACAUACCACUCAGCCAGCCAAACAAAUGCUUUAAGGGGUUUUUAAGUGAGAGUUGUUAAAUACAUAAACAGUGUCUAUUUCACUUUUAAAAAUAACAAAGUAAAUAUAUUGGUAAUUUCAAAUUAACAGGAAUUGGAAAAGAAGUUCCAACAAACAACUGCCUACCGCAAUAUGAAAGAGAUUCUCUCCAAGAAGAAUGAACAGAUAAAGGAAUUACGAAAGAAGCUUUCAAAGUAAGCAGUGCUCUUUCAUUUGUCCUCUCAGCGUGUGGUUUGUAUGGUAAUGUUUGCUUUUGCAAAACUUUUAAGAGCUACAUACUUCCAUUAUCUGAAAACAGGUUGGGGCCCAGUGAGCUUGCUUCUGAUGCACUUGAACACUUGGGACUAGCUCAGUAAAAAUUUAUUCCUUUUUCUUUAAAAUGCUGACCUUCACGCCAUAGUACAAAUGACAUCAGAAACACCAACAUUUUCAAAACCUGUUUGCCAGUCAACACAAAUUACUGCUGUGUCUGAAACACAAUGGUAAAGCUGCCUUGGACAUUCAGAUCUAGCUGCAGAGUUCUUUGGAUCGCAGCCUGAGAUCCUGAUGUUCUUUCUACAACUUAGGCAGUGAGAACCCAUAAACAUGCAUACCACAAGAGGUGGUCCUUAUUGAAGUGCUGCAGAAAGGAGACGAGUAGCUCCUUCUGUUGACAAGAUACAAUGGUGGCAGAUUACACUUCAAAAAUUUGGUAAGAAUACACCAGUAGACAGUGGAGGUGGACACUCGCCUGACAUCUGGUCACCUGUAUUGCUGCUGCGUACUGAAACAGGGUUAUGUGAGGGCAGCAUGGUGCCAGUGUGUUCCUAUCUCACUGUCAUGUUCCCUUUCAUUUCCCUGGUAUGUAGCAGCAGUGAGGCAACCAAAGGUCAGAUGGGUUCUGCCUCCCCACCCCACUAUCCACUGCUGCAAUACACUUUUCAUCUUCCUCCAAAUGUGGAUAUAGAGAGAGCUAAGUAACCCUAGUGUAUAUCUAGUCACUUAGAUAUUUAGAGUGUCCAUCUGUUUCAGUACUGUUUCACUGAAAUUGCACUGCAGAACUGGAAUGGAAUGGCUCAAAUGGAGCUUUCAAAUUCAUAGGGUUUUGAGCUGCUUGGAUAAGGUUUAUAAAUUCUAGGGUUAUGUAUUAAGAUAGUAAAUUAUCAGAUUAUUUUGUAAUUCAAAAUAAAUUAGAUUAUUGGCAAUGUCUUAUGUGAUUAUUUAAUCAUUACCUUCCUAUCUUGCCUGUCUAUUAAAAAAAAUAUUUUAAUCUGUUUUCUUAUUUCUUUUUUUUUAGAUACGAACCAGAUGAUUAA